GUUAAAGUGACUGCUUAUUCAGAAACGGAGAGAGUAUUAAUUACACAUUCACCGUGAAAAUGAAGCAGAGAUUCUUCUCUAUCUGAAAACAAAUUCGCAUUAACUCUAAAAUCACUUGCAAAGACAAAGAUCUUCCUCUUCUUCUUCCUUUUACCUUCCUCUGUACCCGUCUCUCUCCUAUAUAAACUCACCACACCAUAGUGUUCAUCCACCAAAGAGACUGAAAAUAAUGGAGAACCCACCGAAUGAAACAGAGGCUAAGCAAAUUCAACUCAAUGGAGAAAAGAAACCAAAGGGUGGCAUCAUCACUAUGCCCUUCAUCAUAGCUAACGAGGCGUUUGAGAAAGUGGCAAGCUAUGGAUUAUUACCAAACAUGAUUAUGUACUUAAUCAGAGAUUACAGAUUUGGUGUAGCAAAAGGAACCAAUGUUCUCUUCAUGUGGUCUGCUGCAACAAACUUCACUCCUCUCUUGGGUGCUUUUCUCUCUGAUUCUUACUUAGGUCGAUUUCUCACCAUCGCCAUUGCUUCUCUCUCCAGUUUCUUGGGAAUGGUGCUUCUAUGGCUUACAGCAAUGUUACCACAAGUGAAGCCAUCACCUUGCGAUCCCACAGCGGCUGGAAGCCACUGUGGAUCCGCAACAGCAUCUCAGUUGGCUCUUUUGUACACUGCAUUUGCCCUUAUAUCUAUCGGAUCAGGCGGGAUCAGACCGUGUUCUUUAGCCUUUGGAGCUGAUCAGUUAGACAACAAAGAGAACCCAAAGAACGAAGGAGUUCUCGAGAGUUUCUUUGGUUGGUACUACGCUUCCUCAGCUGUGGCUGUACUUAUCGCGUUCACAGGCAUUGUUUACAUUCAAGAGCAUCUUGGAUGGAGAAUCGGGUUUGGUGUACCUGCGGUUCUCAUGUUGAUCGCUGCUUUGCUGUUUGUUCUAGCGUUUCCUCUCUAUGUUAGACGCAAUGUCACCAAGAGUCUCUUCACCGGUUUAGCUCAAGUGGUUGUUGCAGCUUACGUGAACAGGAAUCUAACUCUACCAAAUCAACAGGACUCAUCGAUCACUUAUUAUCACAUGAAAGAUUCUGAGCUCAAAGCUCCAAGUCACAAAUUGAGGUUUUUGAAUAAAGCUUGCUUAAUAAGUAACCGCGAGGAGCAGAUUGGAUCAGAUGGGUUUGCUUUUAAUCCGUGGAGGCUAUGCACAACAGACAAAGUAGAGGAGCUUAAGGCAUUGAUCAAAGUCAUACCGAUAUGGUCCACAGGUAUAAUGAUGUCCAUAAACACUAGCCAAAGCUCGUUUCAGUUGCUGCAAGCCACUUCCAUGGACAGGCGCCUGAGCCGCCAUAGUUCAAGCUUUCAAAUACCAGCUGGAUCAUUCGGUAUGUUUACAAUCAUAGCCCUAGCCAUGUGGGUCGUUCUAUAUGACCGUGCUGUCAUCCCAUUAGUUUCAAAGAUCCGAGGUAGACCUUUUAGACUCAGUGUUAAGUUAAGAAUGGGGUUAGGGCUAUUCAUGUCAUUCUUAGCAAUGGCGAUUUCCGCAAUGGUGGAAACCUUGAGAAGGAAGAAAGCUCUAAGCCAAGGGUAUGCAAACAAUGCUACUGCUGUUGUAGACAUAUCGGCCAUGUGGCUUGUGCCACAGUAUGUGUUACAUGGACUAGCAGAAGCUCUUACCGCGAUAGGACAGACCGAGUUUUUCUACACCGAGUUUCCUAAAAGCAUGUCUAGCAUCGCGGCAUCUUUGUUUGGUCUAGGAAUGGCUGUGGCUAGUCUCUUGGCUAGUGUGAUCCUAAACGCUGUCGAUGAACUGACAUCGAGAAAUGGUGAAGAUAGUUGGGUGUCAGACAACAUUAACAAGGGUCAUUACAACUAUUAUUACUGGCUACUAGCCAUCAUGAGCUUCAUCAAUGUGAUCUAUUACGUGAUAUGUAGCUGGUUGUAUGGUCCUUUGGUCGACCAGGUGGGGAAUGGUAGGGUUAAUGGUGUGAGAGAAGAAGAGGAGUUGCUUAACAUUGUUGGCAAAGGAUUUGAAAAGGAAGAUCUAAGAGACGUUGUUAAAACAAAUUAA